AUGGCGUCGUCUACAACACCCUGGGCCUCGUCAACAGCACCAGCGACGGUAAUGGCGGUGCUUUACGACCACCACAGCAACAACACCCACCUGAUGGCGGAACAUCGAGUCCUUCCCGAUGGCAGAAGGCAGAAGGAGAAGAACAAGAAGAUACAGAGGGACGGUGGCGGCGGCACUGUCGUGCUUAAUGUCCGGCGACGAUUCUCGGCCUCACCACCCGCCGGAAAAGGCAACAGCAAGGCGGCAAUGGCAGUUCCGGCCCCUCCUCCAUAA